AUGGAGAUAUUCAUCUCUGUGAUGCUAUUGUUUGGUGGUAUUGUUGUAUUGAUAGUAAUACACGUUUGUAUUGCUGGGAGAGUUCGUAGGAGAGGGAAUAAUCAAGGUGAUCAUGACCAUAAUCAUACUAUGGUUACAAUCGGCAAUGACAAGAAAACAAUGUCCAACGAUGAUCUGAAAAGGCUUCCUUGCUUUGAGUACAAGGUAGCAGAAAAAGGGAAUACUAGCUCAGUUGAUUGUGCUGUGUGCCUGGAGAACUUCAAGAUGGGUGAUCAGUGCAGAUUACUGCCAAAUUGCAGACACAGCUUCCAUGUUCAGUGCAUAGAUUCAUGGGUGUUGAAGACACCAGUUUGUCCAAUCUGUCGAACUUGUGCCAAUCCUACCUCAAGAUGA